AUGGCUACCUCCGCGAGGAAAGCAGCCCAUGACAUCGAAACGCGAAAGCGGACCGACGACGUGCUUCUGUCGGAGGGGAUCGACUUUGGCUCACUGCUGCUGUCUCAGCCCGUGCUGGCCGGACUGUCCGCCGCAGGAUUUCAGAAGCCGUCCCCGAUCCAGCUCAAGGCGAUCCCGCUGGGCCGCUGUGGACUCGAUUUGAUUGUACAGGCCAAGUCCGGCACAGGAAAGACAUGCGUGUUCUGCACUAUCGCCCUAGACUCUUUGGUCCUGGAGAAUCCUUCAACCCAGGUUCUUGUGCUGGCUCCUACACGUGAGAUAGCAGUGCAGAUCCACUCAGUGGUGAUGGCCAUAGGCUGUGCCAUGGAGGGCCUGGAGUGCCAUGUUUUCAUUGGCGGCAGGCCUGUGAGUCAAGACAAACCCCACCUGAAGAAGUGUCAUAUAGCCGUGGGCUCACCUGGUCGCAUCAAGCAGCUUAUCGAGUUGGGCAUGUUGUCAACAGCCAGCGUCAGACUGUUUGUUCUGGAUGAGGCAGACAAGCUGCUGGAGGAGGGCAGCUUCCAGGAGCAGAUAAACUGGAUCUUCUCCUCUCUGCCUGUGAACAAACAAAUGCUCGCGCUAUCUGCCACCUACCCAGAAUCCCUUGCUCAGCACCUUACGCGCUACAUGAGAGAGCCCACCUUUGUAAGACUAAAUCCAAGUGACAUGGGCCUGAAAGGUCUGAAGCAGUAUUACAGGCUGGUUCAGUCCCACCCUUUACCUCACAGGGUUUUCGAGGAGAAGGUGCAGCACUUACUAGAGCUGUUCAGUAAAAUCCCCUUCAACCAAGCCCUGGUGUUUUCCAACUUGCACACACGGGCUCAGCACCUGGCAGACAUCCUGUCCUCCAAAGGCCUGCCUGCUGUUUGCAUCUCUGGUGGUCUGAGUCAGGACCAGAGACUGGAGGCAAUGUCAAAACUGAAGCAGUACCAGUGCAGAGUGCUCAUCUCCACUGACCUGACAUCAAGAGGUAUAGAUGCAGAGAAGGUCAACUUGGUGAUAAACCUGGAUGUGCCGCAGGAUUGGGAAACUUACAUGCACAGAAUUGGACGAGCUGGGCGUUUCGGCACCCAGGGACUGGCUGUGACCUACUGUUGCCAUGGUGAAGAGGAGAACAAGAUGAUGGCCAUCGCUCAGAAGUGUGGCCUCAGUUUGGCCGCGCUGCCGUCUACAAUAGAGGCUGGGCUGAUGGAUGAGCCAUGCGACUGGGAUGUCUGCACUGAAGCGUCCUCUCCAGGCUCGGUAUCCCGGUUCUUUUCUAGAGCAGAGAAGAAGAGACGAACAAAGACUGACGUCUCUGCGUCUGAUUCCAUCGCGGAUCGAGCUGUAGAGCCCAGCAGUCAAAGAAAACCAGAGAAGAACUAUCCAAGACUCAGGCAAGAGGCACACAGUGAAGAAAAUGCUAGAAAGAUAUCUUCCACAGAGGACUCUGUGCCGCAGAGUCCUCAAGCAACGCAGACUCGGAAAGAGCUGCAAGACAGUCUGCCAAAGAUCCUUCCUCUCAGGUCGUUUAAGAAUUGCAGGUCAAGGUUUGUGACCUUUGAGGACGCCGAGCGGGACUUCCGGGACUUCAUCACUACCGGGCCGGGGAGAUCGGUGGAGAUCGUCAGAGAGUUCAGAGGCAGAGAGGAUGGUGAACCUAAUGAUCAGAAUGGGUAUAAGGAGUAUGUUACACUUAAUGAUGAUGGAGCUGAAAUAUGUACACAAAAUGUUGAAUGGUUGAAAUCGAAGUUUUCACCUCCAAGGCCAAUUUCUGGUUCUUCUAGCUCUGAAUCUGAUAUGGAGGAUGAUGUGACGCUGGGAAGUUCAAAUGAGACUACAGGAGCUGAAAACAGAGCUAUCACUAAGCCUCAGAUAGCAACUACACAUCCGCCUACUCCGCCCACACAGAAGGCAAGCCCCACUAGAUCUAAAGCUUGUAUUCCUUCUGCACCCCGAAAGUGUGACCAGACACUGUGUGCAACAAGUGGGAGAGCUACGCCUCCCCCUGAGAGCAAUGAAUCUGCACCGAGCAUUAAAUCAAGCAGGCAAACCAAUCAGACAGCUCUGGCACAAGCUCGCCGAGAAGAAUCGAAAAAAAUGAAAAAAGAGAUUUGGAAACAGAGCAAAAAGCUCUCAGAAGAGAUGAAAAGGGAAACAAAGAGGGAAAAGAAAGAGGAAGAAGAUUGCACUGACAAAGAGGACGAGUGGUGUGCUGAAUCUUACUGGAGAGCCUGCUACAGAUCCUGGAAUGAUUACUACGCCUCUGUGUCCCCUUUUCAAGAACAAGGUUACCAAAGCUACUAUAGUGCAGCAUACAACUGGAUGGCAGCGUAUCGAAUGAAUGCUGUCUACAUGGAAGAAUUGAUGAAACACUGAAUUGUGGAUACUGUGAAUAGGCCUUCCCAAUCAUUCUGUUUUCUAGCAAUAGCGUGUCUUCAGUGAGCCAGAGUCCUUGUUUAAGUGAAUUCUGAAUAAAAUUCAUUAGAGCAGCAGAACUUGAAUGGUUCAUGUUUGCACUUUGGCUAGUAUACGUUGCACUAAGAUUUUUUUUUUCUCAAUGUAUUCAUACCAUAUUUGAUGUCAAAUAAUUUUCUAAUAAAUUACCAGCACAAAGCAUGUAUUUCAAAGCCAGACUAUUUUGUUUUCUAAUUGAGUUGUAAUGUAAAAAAAUCGAGUCCAAUAAAAAUAUU